AUGAAAUGCGAUGAAAAUGAUUCCAGUGGCAGGAGGGACUCCCUGAUCUUUGCAGAAAGAUUUUCAAAGGCAGCGGAUACGGAUCUUCUACUGUCGACGCUGCAGGCCGAGGGAGCGAAGGUCGAGGAAGAGUCCGAGGAGCUGGCGGAGAGAUUCCUCGAAGGCCGCUUUGCCCUGGAGGUAUUCCUGGAGCAGUACAACGAGCAGCGGAAACUGGCGCACCUUCGCCGGGUGCGGAUCGAGAAGCUGCAGGAGAUCUUGAGUCAGCCCGGCCCAGCGCCCGCCCAGCCCGCCGCCCAGCCCAGCCCCAACCUGCCCCAGCGGCCGCCCCCGCCUGUCCCCUGCCCCACGGCCGCCCCGCCCCUGCCCUACGACCCCAACCCGGGCGCGGCUGGCGUCCCCCGCCAGGGGGCGCCCGCUUACCCCCCCGCCUCCACCGCUCCACCUCAAUUCUACCCCCGGCCCAUUCAGCCUCCGCGCCCCCCCUACCCCGUGCAGGGGCAGUUUGCGGCGAGCCAGCCCCCUUACCCCCUCUACCCCAUGCCCACUUACGUCUACGGCCCUUCAGGGCCUCCCCAAGUCCCACCCAGACCUGGGUACAAGACCCCCCAGCCUCCAUACCACAUGCCCCAGCCUUACUGAGCACUGGGAGGCUGGGCGUGUGUGAGAGUGUGUAAAUAUUAUACAGACUACAGUAUUUAUUUGGACUGUGUUGUAUCUCUGGGUAACGCCAUGCCAUUUGUACCGUGACUCACUUGACACCAAGGCCAGGCUGCGUCCCUCUGCCAGAGUGGCGUGCGGUUUGGCCUUUGACCCCCACCCCACUCACUGUCACCAGGCCACCUUGCUGUCCCUGGCUGCUGCAGGGGUGUGGUGCGUGCCCCCUGGGCUCCAAGUCUGAAGGUCUUGAUUACGACCCAACAAGGUUUGGGCCUGGAUUCCCACGCUGAGGGAGCAGGCACUGUCGGAGGGUCAGUG